CUGCAGAUCCCGCAGAUAAGUUAUGCCUCAACUGCCCCGGAGCUGAGCGAUGACCGGCGGUAUGAUUUCUUCUCCCGUGUGGUUCCUCCGGAUUCCUUCCAAGCCCAGGCGAUGGUGGACAUUGUGAAGUUCAUGGGGUGGAAUUUUGUCACAACCCUGGCCUCUGAAGGAAGUUACGGCGAGAAAGGAGUGGAAGCUUUUAUCCAGAUUUCCAAAGAGGCAGGUGGACUUUGCAUCGCUCAGUCUGUUAAAAUCCCACACAACCUGAAAACAGAUGACUUUGAUAAAAUUAUCACGCAGCUUCUGGAAACGCCGAAAGCACGUGCCAUCAUCAUGUUUGCCAAUGACGAAGAUAUUAGGCAGAUUCUGGCUGCAACUAAAAGAGCCGGUAAAGUUGGUCAUUUCCUCUGGGUGGGCUCGGACAGCUGGGGUGCCAAAUCCAGCCCGGUGAUUCAGCAUGAAGAAGCUGCAGAGGGCGCCUUGACUAUCCUACCGAAAAGGGCCACCAUAGACGGAUUUGAUGUUUACUUCACUUCACGGACUCUGGAGAACAACCGUAGAAAUGUGUGGUUCGCCGAGUACUGGGAAGAAAAUUUCAACUGCAAGCUAACAAUGAGUGGCUCAAAGAAGGAAGACACAGAUCGUAAAUGCACAGGUCAAGAGCGGAUUGGAAAGGACUCCCAUUAUGAGCAGGAGGCGAAGGUGCAGUUUGUGAUUGAUGCAGUGUAUGCCAUAGCCUACGCUCUGCACAACAUGCACCAGGAUCUCUGUCCAGAGUAUUCAGGGGUCUGUCCUGAAAUGGAGCUUGCCGGAGGAAAGAAGCUACUGAAGUACAUCCGUGCCGUCAACUUUAAUGGCAGUGCAGGCACUUCUGUGGUGUUCAAUAAGAACGGGGAUGCACCGGGACGCUAUGACUUGUUUCAGUACCAGAUCACGAACACCAGCACACCAGGUUACAGACUGAUCGGCCAGUGGACAGACUACCUGCAACUCAAUGUGGAAGACAUCCAGUGGGCUGAAGGAAUACGAGAGAUCCCUAGCUCAGUGUGCAACCUCCCGUGCAAGGCUGGUGAGAGAAAGAAGAAGGUGAAAGGCAUGCCCUGCUGCUGGCACUGUGAGAAAUGUGUAGGGUACCAGUAUCAGGCUGACGAGACAUCAUGCAAGCUCUGCGACUACAACAUGCAUCCCAAUGAGAACCGCACUGGAUGCCAACCCAUACCUAUCAUAAAACUGGAGUGGCAUUCCCCUUGGGCUGUCAUCCCUGUCUUUUUGGCCAUGCUUGGGAUUAUUGCCACCAUCUUUGUCAUGGCUACCUUCAUUCGGUACAAUGAUACCCCGAUGGUGCGUGCCUGUGGGAGGGAGCUUAGCUAUGUCCUUCUAACUGGGAUAUUUCUUUGUUACAUCAUUACAUUCUUAAUGAUCGCCGAGCCGAAUAUAGCCGUAUGUUCUUUCAGACGUAUCUUUUUGGGACUGGGUAUGUGCAUCAGCUACGCAGCUUUGCUGACCAAGACCAACAGAAUCUUCCGCAUCUUCGAGCAGGGAAAGCAGUCUGUCACAGCGCCCAGGCUCAUCAGCCCCGCCUCACAGCUGGCCAUCACUUCCAGUCUCAUUUCAGUACAGCUUCUUGGAGUCUUAAUAUGGUUCGUGGUCGACCCGCCCAACAUCAUUACUGACUAUGACGAACAGAAAACGAUGAACCCUAACCAAGCAAGAGGCAUUCUCAAAUGUGACAUAACGGAUCUACAAAUUAUUUGCUCUCUGGGUUAUAGCAUUCUCCUAAUGGUAACUUGUACAGUUUACGCAAUCAAGACUCGUGGAGUUCCUGAAAACUUCAAUGAGGCCAAACCUAUCGGAUUCACAAUGUACACUACCUGUAUAGUUUGGCUUGCCUUCAUUCCAAUAUUUUUUGGCACAGCUCAAUCAGCAGAAAAGUUGUACAUUCAGACCACCACGCUCACCAUAUCUAUGAACUUAAGUGCUUCGGUGGCACUGGGGAUGCUCUACAUGCCGAAAGUGUAUAUCAUCAUAUUCCACCCCGAGCUGAACGUCCAGAAACGCAAGCGCAGCUUCAAAGCCGUGGUGACGGCUGCCACAAUGUCCUCCCGACUGUCGCACAAGACCAGCGAAAGGCCGAACGGAGAAGCCAAAACAGAGCUCUGUGAAAGCGUCAAUACAAACAGCCCCGCAGCUAAGAAAAAGUAUGUGAGCUACAAUGAGCUUGUCAUCUAGGCAGUACCAGCUACAGGAGAAGUGAGAACCAGACGUCUGGUCACCCGUCCCCUUGGCCUAGGCCUCAUCCUGUCCUGCACAGAGUUGCCAGGCCUUUGGAGGAGCUUGUUGGCCAGACUUCAUUUGCAGGUUCCAUAUUUUUUGGAGGACCCAAAUACGCUGACGAGUUACAUAAAGACAUCUUUCCUUAGUAAAAGUAAACAGGCCUCUUGGAUGACUGAGACAUUGGCAGUGAAAUAUCCUUGCAAGCUUGUGCCACCUCAAGAUACCAAGAGUUUAUUCACCUUCCUGGUGUUCUCCAGAAGCAUCGCAACAAAGAGACAACAGAGGAGCUAUUUUGUCUGUAAAUGUACUUCCAAACUGCAAGUUUUCCAACCUUUCUGUAAUGUUUGUGAGGUUUUUUGCAUUCUGUCAUUCUUUGUUGUGUGAAUUUCACUUUUUUGCUUCUUGGAUGCUCACGUUUUUUGAAGCCAUAUUCUUCUCUGAGGUGAGGUUUGUCGGUGGAUUUUCUUUUUUGUUUCUUGAAAAUGUAUAUUCCUUUUAUUUGUUUGCCAUGUUUGUGUUUCAUAUAUUUUACCAGAAAUUGGUGACCAUCAACUGUAUAUUGAAAAAAAAGAAAUCUCUUCCCAUAGUAUUUUUUAUUUUAACUGAAGUAAUUGAUGGUAUAACAGAUCUGAUUGAGGUGUUACAUGUUUGAAUUUGCUAAUGCAUGCCUGGUAUUUUUUGAUGUUUAAAAACAUUUUACAACACAGUUCAAAUAUCAGCCUGUUAAGAAUAGUAUUUUAUUUAUUUUUCUGGAUUUUCUUUCUUUUAAGAUAUUUUACACAGAGGGAAUAUGGCUUUAAUUAGUCUUGGAGUUUAUUAUUACCCCGUAACUAUGGAAAAUUGUGAAAAGGACUAAAAAAAGCAUGUGUGUUUUAUACUGUUUGUACUAAGUAUAUUUAUGUUGACCUUACUGCUUAUGUGCCAAUAUUGUGGGAGACAUUAAAGUUUUGCCACUCAUGCAAGUAUACAGUGAUAUUGUCCAAGAAUGUAUCUACAUAAAAUAAAACCAUUUGGUUAUCAUUUUUUAUUCCCUGCAACAAAUUGAUGGACAUGUUCCUUUUUUAUUGGUCUGACAAGGCACCAAAUUCAGAACCAACAGAAAUCUAGAAAUGAGACACCCUUUGAUAAUAUGACAGAACAGCAUUUAUUAAAUGUUGUCACUAGUAUUCAAUACACUUUGCUGAAAAACAUUUCAAUUUGAACCACAAAGGAUGUAGGACCAACAUCCUUAAGAGCUAGCCGACAAAACACAUGACAAAUCUAGUAGU